AUGAACCACCACCAAGCGCUGCGAUUGACACCAUCCAACUCGCCCUUCUUCAAAGCAUCUACACCGAGGUCGCCCACCAAGUUACGCUCGGAAGAAUCGGGUCUCCGGCUGAAGAAGGUCAUUGGGACGACCACAGCUUCGGCCAAUGGCUUCGACUUUGAGCCGUCCACCAGGCAGUUUGCCUACACAGCUGGUGCUACGGCGGUAGUCUGUACAGUCGAGGAGGACUUGACGGUCAAGCAACGGUUCUUCAGAGCGCGACCCACGAGCGGGGCAGGCUCGAGGGAGGUCAACGGCCAUGGCCCCAUAUCACCAACACCGACAGAGGCACGAAAUCGGGUGCUUGGCGGCAUUCGAGACGGCAUGAAUGGCUCGCCAUUGGGCGCAUCAGCAAGAGACUGGUCGGAUUCGCCAGGCGGCAAGAGUGCAACUGCCAAAGACCGGGUGAAAGCGGCGACUUCUGUUGCACUGAGUCCGAACGGCAAAUGGGUGGCAAUGGGCGAGACAGGCUACAAGCCUAGAAUCUUGAUCUUUGCCAACAAGAGCGAGUCGAGCGAAUCGCCCGUGUGCGCACUUUCUGAGCAUACGUUUGGGGUGCAUGCGCUCGCCUUCAGCCCAAACUCGAGAUAUCUUGCUUCUCUUGGCACGGUCAACGACGGAUUUCUCUACAUCUGGACCAUUGACGACCGCACGGGAGCCGCAUCUUUGCAUUCAAGCAACAAAUGCACCGUUUUCAUCAAUCGUAUGAUCUGGGUUGGCCAGACCUUGGUCACUGUUGGACUGAGAUUCGUAAAGUGCUGGAGGCCGGCUGACGAUGUUACGACUGACCGUCCUGACUCCGACUCGACCAGCAAUACUGGCACGCCCAGAUCGAAAGCAACCGAUUUCGGGAACAGCAUUCUCGGUUCGAGGCAUAGAGUUCUUCCUGGAAAGAACAGCCUUCUAGGCGACAUGAUCGACGCGAAUUUCGUGACGGCGUUGGCUCUGACUGAUGACAAGGCCAUCGUGUGCGCCGAUUCUGGGGAGAUAUGCACGCUCAGUGACUGUCAUAACGCGCAGACGCUUACUGCUACAGCUCAGGUUGACUUCCGCAUUACCGCAGCUUCGAUCAAUGAUUCUGGCUAUCUUUGUGUGGCCGGACCAGCAGGGAAGAGGAAAGACUUCAGCUUGGAAGAUCUAGGAUCACCCUCGAAGGCCAAAGCGGAUCGAAGGCAAACCAUUUCACCAUUCAAGCUCAGCUAUUCUAGCGCGCUUGCGACCACAGCCUUUGCUCCCCUUGGCGAUGUCAUCGUUGAGCUGGACUCUAGGCGUAACAUUCGUCUCUCGAGACCAGACGACCAGCAAGAUGGCAACGAAAGUACCUCUCACCAGCUCGCGGCGCACAAUGAGACUGUACUGGCUGUGCGAAACUUUGGCUCUGAUGUCAUGCCAAGUGCAGCUUUUCUCACGGCAUCCGUGAAUGGCUCAAUACGCCUAUGGGCCCAAGACGGCGAGCACGUUGCAGAGCUAUCCGUACCGGUUGAGACGUCUUCUGCCAUGUACGAUGUAACGAACGAGCUCAAGUCGAUUACCGCGCUGUCUAACGGUAGACACAUUGCCGCUGGCGACAAGUACGGCACGCUCAGCCUUCUGGAGGUCUCUUCUCGAACGGUGACAUGUCAAGUUCGAUCGCAUACAGCAGAUGUCGUGGACAUCGCCAGUUUCGAGCGUGUUGGAAAGCAGCUUAUUGCUUCAGCGAGUAGAGAUCGGACCAUCCAGCUAUUUGAAUACUGCGAGGGUCGUCUGGAUCUCCUACAAACCCUUGAAGAGCAUGCGGCUGCAGUCUCCGGUCUUCUUGCCACUCAGGAAGGCAAUCUUCUACUGUCCUGCUCCACAGAUCGAUCAGUGGUUGUCCGUGAGGCUGUCAGUCGAGUCAACGAUCCCGAUUCUGUCGCUUACACUAUCCUGCGCACCAUCAGCUUGAAGUCCUCGCCUACGUCCAUGUGCCUCAAGCCGGACAGCGAUGAGAUCCUGGUGUCCACGGUCGACCGUACCAUUAGCGCCUUCAAUUGCCAAAGUGGGCGAGCUGGCUUCAGCUUCAAAUGCUCAGAUGGCGAUGGAGGAGAGGCGGCGGUUAUGUCGAAGGUCACGUAUGCACCUUCGCUCAAUGGCAACCCGAUCAUUGUGGGCGUGUCCAGUAGUGAUAAGUCUGUGCGACUGUACUCGGAGUACGGCUCCCUUCUGGCACGGGACUGGGGCCACACCGAAGGCAUCACGGACGUGUGCCUGCUUAUGGGUAAAGAAGGCGACGGAGCAACAGAGCAGUCGACCCAGGCACAGCUUAUCACCGUGGCGGCCGACUCGACAGUCUUUAUUUGGGACACUUGUUCACCUGCCCCCAAGCGUAGCCCCGAGCAUUCGGAAACGAACGGCACGACGGAGACACCAUCCCCCAACAAGCUCUCCACCCCCAUCGGACCACCUCUUCGCAAGGUCUUAUCCUUCAGCGAGCUCUCCGGCUUCAAACGCGGACGAUCCGUCGACGAUGGCAUCCAAGCCUCACCAUCCGUCGAACGUCCAGCACAGCCUCCACCCUCCCCACCGCGGCUCAAGAAGAAAACCUCCCGCAUAACAAUGGCCCAGCCACCGAAACUAGAACCACCCUUCAACAAAUCCUCCUUUGGCGGGCACAAACGGCGUAGUAGCCUACGGAAGCGCUCGCCAUCCCCACCAAGCCCACGCGGCACAGUCAGAAAAGAAGUCACCCGCAAACCAUCCCUCGGCAUGUCCCUACGCUCCAAAAGCAGCGAAAACGUCCUCACCACCGCCUCAGCCGGCACCUCCACCGGCUUCGGCAGCCUCAACGCCUCCACCGAGUCCGUCUGCCGCACCCUCCGCGCUUACAGGAAGAAACUCGCCACUUCCUCGUCUUCCUCCACAGACAACAUUACCCCCGAAACCCUCCGCGAGCUCGAGAAAGAACUCAAGCUCACCGCCCGCGUCGUCGGCGAGAAAUCGCACGGUAAAAGUGGGGUCGAUGAGGCGAUGAUGGCGAGGUUGCUGGAUCAGGCGAGUGAUCGGAUUGUGAGUCGGUUGGAUGAGAGGAUUAAGGAGAAGGUGGAGAGUGAGGUGAGGAGAAGCAGUGAGGCGUCGCCUUUGGGUGGGAGUUUCGGGCACGUGCAGCAUGAGUCUAUUGCUGAGGAGGAGGCGGUGGAGGCGGUGGAGGCGGUUGCUGGGGCGUUGGAGAAGGUCGAGUUGAGGGAGGGGUAG